GGCUAUUUUUACUCCAGCUCAGCAAGCUUCCUUCUCGCUGCUGCCACCGCCGCUCGCUGCAGACCCAGGGGCAAAGGAUGGGAGUGCGGGAGGCAGCAGCGGCUCCGCUCUGAGGCUUGUCAAGGCUCAGCGCACGCACGCACACACACACAAGCAACCCUGAGCGAAAACGUUUGCUUCUCACCUGUCUCCAAACCCAAAGCAAACCUUACCUCCAAGCAAACCACCAACACUUCGAACGAGAAGGCACCCGAGCCAGAAUUUAACGCAAGGGGAAGAAAUUCAAUGUACGCUAGCAACUUUUCGCUAAAAAGCAAGCGGGCGUAAGGAAGAAAAGGAGCAUUUUAAGAAAAUGACACCUUAAGGAAGAAUAUUUUAUUUUUGGAUUCCGUAACAAACUUUGGAAAAAGUUUUUUUUUAAUUAUUGUUAUUAUUUUGCGCAUCUUUUUCUAAGAACAUUGAGUCGUUGUUACCUGUAUGUAAAAUCUUUUACAUACAUAUAUUUUAAAAAGGAGGACAAUCAAGAGGAAAAAUAUCAUGUGGACCACCUAGCAAAAGGCAAUACCGAAGCAUCCCUUGCGGCGAGGGGAACGCAGACUCUGGAUGCUUAUAAUUUCGAGGGACUGCAUUUUCUUUCCACCGGGCUUAUGAGAUAGCACAGAGACAGGCAAGUCACCGAGAAUUCCUUGUGUCUCCCCUCACGACCAGCACCACCACCUCCUCUUCCAAGGGUUCCUGCAACUCUCCCACCAGCAGCCCGGCUCGGAGGGGAAAUGAGAACGCGCGGCGCCCUCGAUGCCUGAGGCCGGGCGGCCACGGGGCUGUCUGCGGGAAGCGCUUCCCUCCCGGGGCUCACCGUCCAUGUGCCCGCAGCCGGCGGGGUCUGAAGUCGGGAUGAAUUUCGGCGUGGUCUUCGCCUUCGUCCUCUCUCUGCCCCUGGCCCGCCUGGAGGGGGACCCGAUACCUGAAGACAUUUAUGAGAUUUUGGGCGGCAGCUCAGUGCGCUCCAUCAGUGACCUCCAGCGUGCCCUGCGGAUAGACUCCGUAGAGGAGGAUAGCUCGAGCCUGGACUUGAAUGCAACUCAGACUGGUCAAAACCCUGUGGCUCUGUCUCGAGAGCGACGAAGCCUAGAUGCUCUGACAGCAGCAGAGCCAGCUGUCCUGGCGGAGUGCAAGACACGGGCAGUGGUCUUUGAAAUCUCCCGCAACAUGGUAGACAGCACCAACGCCAACUUUGUGGUGUGGCCACCCUGCGUGGAGGUGCAGCGCUGCUCCGGGUGUUGCAACAACCGCAACGUUCAGUGUCGCCCCACGCAGAUUCGCGUCCGGCACGUCCAGGUGAACAAGAUCGAAUUUGUCCAGAGGAAGCCAAAAUUCAAAAAAGUCGUUGUGCCUUUGGAGGACCAUGUGCAGUGUCGGUGUGAAGCGGUGUCCCGUCAGUCCCCCAGGAACAGCCGGCCAGGGCCACGUGAACAGAGACGCUUGUCACCAUCGUUCACCACAGCCGCUGUCUCACAGAGGCAGCGAGUACGCCGGCCGCCGGCGCAGAAGAGGAAACAUAAGAAGUACAAGCAUGUCAACGAUAAGAAAGUGCUGAAAGAAAUCCUCAUAGCAUAGAAGUGCUGGCAGGGGAGAGAGAGCACAAAGCAGGUUUAUUUAAUAUAUUUGCUGUAUUGCCCCCAUGGGGUCCUUGGAGUGAUAACUUUUCCUUUUCGUCCGUCUGCCUCGACGUCUGAUUCAGACGGCAAUUGGUGCUUCCCUUUCCAUCAGCGGACCUUCUCCCACCAAAGCCUCUCCCUUCUUUCAUUUAUUAGCAUCAUUUUAAAG